GAGCUGUUUCCCCCCUUUACAGUGCGACCGCGUCAAAAGGACUUAAUUUUCCAAGAGAACGACACAAUUUAAUAGUCUGCACAUGACUCGCCUUUAUCUUUGUCUGAUGUAUAGUGUAUUCUAGAACGCGUCACUCGUGUUUAUGGGGAAUUAUCACCUUUUCUGAAGUUGUUUUCUUCAAAAUGACGAAAUACAUGUGGUUACCUUAUGUCUCUGGAUCUUUUAAGAAAGAGAGCCGCAUGAAUUCAUCACACAUUCAUUCAAAUUUCUACGAUUUUCCAAAUCAUUCUUCGUUUUGGAAUUUUACUCUCGAUGAAGGAAUAUAUGAUAACGGGACCAAAUAUGAAACCGAAUCGCAGAACCCUACAGUAAAGGCUUUGCUUAUUGUUGCUUAUUCAGUUAUUAUCAUCAUUUCACUUUUUGGAAACAUUUUGGUAUGUCAUGUUUUAAAAAAUAAGAGGAUGCAUUCUGUAACAAGUUUGUUCAUUGUGAAUUUGGCAAUUGCCGACAUAAUGAUCACCCUAUUGAACACCCCUUUUACUCUGGUAAGGUUUGUCAACAGUACCUGGGUUUUUGGAAAAUUGAUGUGCCAUGUCAGUCGCUUCGCACAGUACUGUUCAGUUCAUGUGUCAGUGCUGACCCUCGCAGCCAUCGCAAUUGAUCGUCAUCAAGUCAUCAUACACCCCCUGAAACGUAGGAUGUCUAUGUUCAGUGGAUGUAUCAGUAUCGCCGUGAUCUGGGUGACAGCCUCAUGUUUCUCCUUACCACAUGCAAUCUAUCAGAAGCUCUUCCGCUUUGAAUUCGGUUACAAAAAGGUUAGAAUGGUGUGUCUGCACAGCUUUCCUCAACCCGCUGAUUUGUUCUGGAAGUACUUGGAUUUAGCCACGUUUGUACUUCUGUAUGUUCUGCCUCUGACAAUAAUAUCCGCGGCCUACAUCGUUGUGGCCAAGAAGCUGUGGAUGAAGAACACCAUAGGGGAUGUCACCAUGGAGCAGUACUUUGCCCAACGCCGCAAGAAGAAGAUGACCUUGAAGAUGCUGAUGCUGGUGGUGGUGGUUUUUGCAGUCUGCUGGUUUCCACUUAACUGCUAUGUGAUUCUGGUUUCCAGCAAGGCCAUUGUCACCAACAAUGCCCUGUACUUCACGUUCCACUGGUUUGCCAUGAGCAGCACUUGCUAUAACCCCUUCAUUUACUGCUGGCUGAAUGACAACUUCCGCUCUGAGCUCCGGUCCCUGCUCUGCAUGUGUAGAGGGCUGCAGCAUACCCAGGCCAUGCCUGGCGCCUCCCCGCCUUUCAGGAAUGCAUGGGUGGAGAGGGCAAGCGCCGAAAACCAAACACUGCAGCAUGGAACCAAGUCUGUCCUUAGCUCGGGGAAAACAGACAUCUUCAUUGUGGAGCCAAUCGUAGCUGUUUCCUAGAGAGGAAGCAGUCUGAGGGAACCUUAAUCAUUGUGUUCAAGGUCAGUGAGGAUUACAGCUGUUUCUUUGGGUUAACUGGAUUCACUAUAGUGUGGGUUCUCAACCUGUAUUGGGGAAAAUAUGGAUUCACACUACGUGAAACUACUGUUACAUUCUUCCUCUCUUCCAGUUGAUGGAAUGCAGAGCAAAACGAAGCAGAGGGUGGUUGAAUGUGUUUUAGAUGAUAUGUGCAAGUGUACACCCUCCUGAAUAGGUAUUGCAAUAAAUAAUCAGACAAGUUAGUCCCGUGAGUAAGUUGCCACAUGGUCAUUCUUUUAUUUGGUAUGACAUGUAUUCCAUUGUGGGCGGCACGGAUGGUGCAGUGGGUAGCACUGCCACCUCACAGCAAGGAGGUCCUGGGUUCAAAUCCCGGUUGGCCGGGGCCUCUCUGUGUGGAGUUUGCAUGUUCUCCCCGUGUUUGCGUGGGUUUCCUCUGGGUACUCCGGUUUCCUCCCACAGUCCAAAGACAUGAAGGUUAGGCUGAUUGGAGAGUCUAAAUUGCCCGUAGGUAUGAGUCUGUGAGUGAAUGGUGUGUGUGCCCUGCGAUGGACUGGCGAUCUGUCCAGGUUGUAUUCCUGCCUUUUGCCCAAUGUAUGCUGGGAUAGGCUCCAGCCCCCCUGCAACCCUGUUCAGGAUAAGCGGGUUAGGAUAAUGAAUGAAUGAAUGCAUUCCAUUGUAAUGUAUUGCGCCCAAUAAAUGUAAAAAAAGAGUGAAAAGUGUGACAAUACGCCCCGCUCUCUCCCCUACAUAAAAAGUUGUUAAAAAAAAGAUAUUUGUUUUUGUUCCCCAUUUUGUUGUAAAGGGUGAUAUUUACAUUUUGUUGUAUUUCACAAAGUUAUUUUAUUGCUUUAUCAGAUAUGAACAUGUGUAUUUCUCAUCUAAAAAAGUUAGCACUUCAUUUGCAUUCAUAUUGGAGUUAGAUUCUGUCUGAACAUAUUUUUGAACUAUUGAUAGAUACGUAAAAAUGGCUCAUGGAACUUCUGCUCCCUCCUUUGUCAGUACAACAUUCUGAUAUUUCUAAAAUAAAAACUACAUAAAAUAUAAAAUACACAGCUCGACUGAGUGCAAUCAGCAAUUGGUUUAUUAUAUUCUUCAUCAGAAUAUCAUUAAACAAUUCAUGGAUACAUUUUUACAUUUUCAUUAAAAAACCUUCAAAAUAUAUUUAUUUUCUGGUUUAGAUACAAACCUUUUACAAUAAGGCACCAGGAGCAAUGAUGUAGCUGGUGAUUAUUAUUUGAUUCAAUUAGGUAGGAAGAGAGUCACUGUGCAAUUGUUGCGAAACAUUCUUAAUUUCAAAAUGAUUACAACUUUCAUAAACUCAGCAAUUAUCUAUCAUCAGGUACGACAUAAUGCAAUCAAAAUGAGGUGAAGCACCACUGUGAGGACAUUUAAAAUAAUGAAAUAAACCAGGGUUGAAAAUCACAGGUUGAAAUAAAUGUUUGGCCACAUACAAUUUGAGGAAUGCUGUAUUUACAGCAUACACUACUAUUACAGCCAACAAAAACACCACCAGCCACAAGCCCAUUUACAGUAUGUGUUGCUGGAUGUACCUUUAAGAAUGUUUCUCUGGGCCCCCCAUCCUACUGGAACAUUUGAGGGCAGUUGUGAUUUAGAGGAGAAAAUGUCAUUGUUUCUGCCAAACGAUGAGGAACUGUUGGACUAUGAAGCAUUUGGCAAUGUCUUACAUAAGAACUAUGAUUGUAUGACUACAGAAUUAAAGGUAUUUUUCUUUUCAUAAACAAAUAUACAAUACACACUGAAAAGAUAAUUAAAUGGUUCUGUCUUUGAAUUUAGGGACUCCAUGACAGAUGUGUUGUUUAAUUAAAAAGUGAAAUAUUAUCUUUUUACAUGUAUACUGACUUAUUAAUUUGUGAUAAAAUGUACUAAAUGUGAUGUGUGCAUAGUGUCAUUGCUAUUUUGUUCAGUACACGUCAGUACAACUGAAAGAACUGCAAGUACUUCCAGUAAGUAGCACCAUGCACAGUGUUAGGUUAAGUGGGUUUGUGUCAGCAGAAUGACUGGACAGUGCUAAGUUUCCCUGUCAUUAGGUGGUGAAUCAUAUGUAUGUCACUUAAGGCUGUUAGAUGAAUUAAGUGCAAUUGUUUUCACAAUAUAUGUAGAUGUUUUAGUCUGCUUUUCAAAAAUAUUCACAUCAAUGCUUAAGGAUUUAUAGUAUAUAUUAUGUAAUGGCAGCUAGAUGAUUGAAAUUAUUUUAUCACAUUUUUUCACAUUUUCCAAUUUCAAAAUAAAGUUAAUUUGUUGAUUGUA